UUUCUGAUAAGGAUGCAAUAAACAUCGCGACUAGAGCAAUUUCAAGUUAAUGAAUUAAAAAUGCCUUAAGAAACGUCUAGGAAGUGCCAUGUAGAGUUAACUCAGUGCCAUAGAGAGUGGGAAUGGAGCACCAAUCAAAAGUCAUCACCAAGCAGGCCACACAAGGCCGAUUCUAGUUGGGACGCAUUGCAGCCGCCCUUUGUCCGAAAUGUCCAAUGAUGUCCAGGUGGCCCGAGUGGCCAAGAUAUCCACCGAUGUGCCGCGCCGUAGUGGGAAGCAGCGGGACUCCAACGGAUUCCAGGGCAAGCACUCAGGCAGCGGAGCUGGCGAGGAUUUUGAGUACGUCUUUGGGAGCAUUUCCCCGCGGGGUGGCGGUCCAAAUGGGAGACAUCUGGUCGGAUCCUCUGACCUGGACUCCCCGGAGCAUACGCAGCGGGACACAACUGAAAGCGACAACAACAUCUCUAGCUGCUCCACGCUAGACAUUGUCAACAAAGUUGAGCAACUGUCGGUGCAGCAGCUGGAGAACCGGGUGCGGGAACUAACCCAACGACUGCAGCAGGCGGAAAGGCAACUCACGGAGAGCAACACUGAGCGGGAGAUAUGCCAGAAGCGGCUGGAAGUGGUUAGUCAGGCACACGAAUGCCGCAUCACAGAGAUGCACUGCGUCAUUGCGGAGUUAAGCAAGAAACUGCGCAGCAAACAGGAACAAAUUAUUUUGGAGGAACAGGAGCCCGAAGGCAGUGAAUUAAGCUAUCAGGAGGGUUCUGUGUACAACUCCGAGCUUAACCUCACCAAUCCCGAUGCCGAGUGCCAGACGGAACCACUGGAGGAUCAGGAGGGCGCCUACAGUACCACCAGCGUGGGCAACAUUGGCCACAAGCCCCAGGAAUUCAGUCAUAAGGGACAAGUAGAGGCACUGCAGGAGGAAGUGCUGCACCUGAGAGCUCAGAUUGCCCUGCUCCAGUCCGAAAUUUCCACAAAGGAUGCUGCCGUGGUGGAGGAGCAGACCAAGGUGUCCUUUUUUGGCUGCGAAUCAGAGGUCAACGAGUGUGCCCAGCGUCUGAAUGAUUUGAAUGCUUGUGUUUCCUUAACCAGCCCGCAGAAACGAGUUCCCGCCGUGCCGAAAAUGGCGGAACGGGUUAAGUUGCGAUGCGCCAGUAAACAUGAAUCUAGUAAAGAUCCAUCUCCCGAGCAGCACACUUCGUUAAGCAACGAGCACAUCAACCUAGUGGAGCAUUUGGUGUGUGAGCUGAAGGAGCAGAACCUGUUCAUGGAAAGCUUCAUGGAGCCCCUGCAACUGAGUAAGGAAUUGGAGCGAUUGCAGCGUCGAGUGGAUCACUUGGAGAUGCGCAACACCAUGUUGGCAUUGACUCUGGACGAGUGCAAAGAGCACACAGAGCACCUGUAUCUGCUAUGCGGCAAAUACGAGUCUAAUGCGGUUGCCUUGCAGUUGGCGCUAAACUGUAGCGAUCGCGCCAUCGAAGCCUACGACGUAAUGCUAGCUCUGUUGGAAAGCAAGUUGGCUCUCCUGGGCGAGAAAUCAGCAGCGGCGGAGGAGAGCCGCCGAUCAGUGGAGGCGGUGGCCAGGCAUCUGCUCGCUCGUCUGGACAGCGAGAAAAACGUGUGUGAGAAUAGUUUGGGACCGUGGCAGCACAACAUCAACCUCGGCCCGGAGGAUGCCCCCAAAAUUGGACGUUCCUGGUGUUCCGACGACGAUAAUCGCCUGCGCUACCACGUUUCCAAGUUGAAGGGUCGCCGCUCAAGCGUCCAGCACACCAUCGUCAGUCUAGAAUCCCCAUUUAGCGACAUAUACGAAAAGAAGCGUCUGGCAUUGGAAAAGGAGCACGAGCUGCGCGACGAGGACAAGAAGUCACCCAUCGAUUUAGAAACGGCCGUUAUCAUGCAGGAACUUAUGGAACUGCGGGAUUCCAAUCUUCAGUUGAAAAGUAAAAUGGAAGAGGCCGAGCAGGAGCGGCAGAAUGCCAACGAACGCGUAGGUAUACUCCACGAAGCCCUAAAACAGCUGCAGGCCAGCAACCGGGUCUCCUAUUCGGAAGCGGAGCACGCGGCCCUCACGGAGCAGCAGUUGGUGGAGGCAUUGACGCGGGAAACGGAGCUAAAGAGUCGCAUCCAGACGCUAUUGUCCAAUGUCACCGCCUCGCAGAAGGCCUCCGACGAGAAGUACGAGCAACUUCAUCUAAAUGUGCGCGAACUGCAGAAAUCCAACCACAAUCUGGGUCAAAUGUUGGAGCACAACAAGCGCAAGUACCAACUGCGCGUAAGGAAACUGGAGCAGAAGAUCGUUGAUCUGCGGUUGGACCACGAACAAAGCCGUAAUCAUGUUCCCGAAACGACUCUAUAGGAAUAAGGACGUGCAUGACGGACUACCAGGAGGACUGAUCACCUGGGUGUGGUGCGGGCGCGCUUGUCACAUAUCCCGCAAAAUAUCUUUUUCCCUCUUAAUCGUAUCGCUUCUUUUACCUUCAACGCAAUGCCCAUCGAAAUCGAAGCACCCGCCCAGCCGUCUUUCCUGGAGCCGACAUGACCAAGACAGUAUCACGAAUGUGCCAUGCGAAUAAUUUGCAGCCAGCUGGGACUAGGACAAUGUUCUUAAUCCGCGGAUCAGGCUGCAUAGACUACAUACUCAAAUACAUACAUAUUCAGAGGUGCCAUGAGCAAGGCUCCAACCUAUCCAGAUAUCCGUGGGAUUGGAGCAUCCGUCUCUGGACCACAAGCAAUUACAUAUACACAUACUACUAGGCAAACUAAGGAGUUACUCACGACGCAUACACGGGAUCCUAUAUUUAUAUAAUGUAUUCGCAUUUUGCUUGUUAUAUGAAUUCAAUAUGUAUUUAAAAUUGUACAAAUUAUAACAUGACUACUGAAACAAU